AUGGGAAGAUAUUCAGUUAAAAGAUAUAAGACUAAAAGGAGAACGAAGGACCUGGACCUCAUUUACGAGGACCUUGCAUCUCAACAGAAAAUGGAGAAGCUAUUGAAUCAGCCAUUGGAUGAAACAAAACCAGGUUUAGGACAGCAUUAUUGCGUACAUUGUGCAAAGUACUUUGAGACAGGUAUUGCGCUGAAGACCCAUUUGAAAGGGAAGGUCCAUAAGCGCCGGGUGAAGGAGUUAAAAGGCGUGCCUUACACACAGGAUGUAGCAAACGCGGCUGCUGGUCAUGAUUUGAAUAAAUUUCUGGCACGAGUAGAGGAGAUCAAAAAUCAUGUAGGACAGCAGAAGGAAACUAACGAGGUACUUUUAAAGGAGCAUCUUGAAACCAAACUUGCGAAUAUCGCAACCACAGAGCCCACACUGCCAUAUACGGGUGAAGAGGAAGUUAAGGAAACAGUAGCAGUUGAAGGGGACACUGAGAUGCAGUAA